AUGUCUCGCGAAGCUUACCAGGUUCCCUCCAUGGGCGGCCAGAACGCCUUUGCCGAGGGCGGCAGCGGUAUGGCUGUCGACAGCCCCGCGGUCGUCUACAUUUGCGGUCACUGCGCGUCGCGCGUGUCUCUCCGUCGCAGUGAGCACAUUCGCUGCAAGGAGUGCGGCCACCGUGUGCUGUACAAGGAGCGGACUAAGCGCAUGGUCCAGUUCGAGGCCCGUUAA